UCUUCAUUAAUGUCAUGUCUAAAUUAUUUAAUAUAGUUUCUUGUACAAUAUUUUUAUAGAAAAAGACCAAAAAAAUACAUAAAAAAUCAUGUGAACCUAAAGGAAAUACUACUAUGAUAACUCUCAGAGGAGUGAUACUUGUUAUGUUGAGAAGUGCCUUCAUUGUUGCAUUCCUCAGCAUUCCUAACCCCAUUGUGGCUUUCACGGGCUUCAAGAAUUGGUCCAGAAGGGCAAUAUACCAUAAAAUCGACCUUUGCACUCAAGCUUGCUACAGUCAGAUAAUCCCUGGCCUCUACCUCAGCAAUGCAAGAGCAGCCGCCGACAAAAAUGUUCUCAGACGCCUCAAUAUCACCCACGUGCUCACGAUUGAAGCACAUCGCCUUCCAAAAUCCACUUUUACAGAUACCGACAUCAGCACACUCUUCAUUAGGGCCUACGACACUCCUCAAACCCAUCUCCUGCCCUACUUCCCUAUGGCCAACGCUUUCAUCGAUGAAGGACUGCAGAAGGGAAACGUGUUGGUGCACUGCCAUUUCGGAGUAUCCCGGUCCGCCACGCUCGUCAUCGCCUAUAUCAUGGAGAAGUACAAGCUGACGUUUGAGCAGGCAUUCGUGUAUGUACGACAAAGGCGGAGGUUCAUAAACCCAAACCCGGGGUUUGUCAGCCAGUUGCGGGAGUACCAGAGACUGAAUUACGACGUGAAUGGAUUCUACAGGUUCGAAGCGUAUAUGAACGUGAAUGCCCGAAAGCAUAAAUAUAAAAUAGCUUCCCUUGCCGCCGUCGUCGUGGGCAUCCUCGUACCCCUUGCUGUGUUAGUCGGUUAAAUUCACGUGGUAAGUCAGUUUUCACAAAAAAAGUGUUAAGGUCUUUGUAGAAACGGAAUAAAAGUUAAAC